UCAUAAUCAUAAAAAAUAUGUAAACAAAAAAAAUCAGACUUCAAAUUUUAUUUAAUAAUGUUCUUAGGGUUUCAAUUAUCCUGAAAUGCAAUGGAUAUUUUAACCAAGUUACCUACCCUAUGUCGUAUUUGUUUCAAGCCAGCCCGUGAAUACAGCAUUGCAAUAUCUGUGGAGGGAGCACCUGAAGGAUUAUAUUCAACGUAUGGAGAUUUAUUGAAUGAAAUUAGUUUUAUUCCGCCACAGGAACUCGCAGAAGAACUUCCUUCAAAUCUCUGUGGUGAGUGUAUUCUCAGGCUGAACGAUUUUGUCAAAUUAAAACAGCAAAGUACAAUUAUUUUGCGUUUUUCUGUCGCUAUGCUGAAUGGUACAAGAAGCAACGAUUUUCAACCUUUGAUUGAUCUACUCCGUACAAACAGUGAACUGCUAAAGCAACGGUUAUGUUCACUGAAUAACAUUAAAGAAGAAGAAUUUUCAGUCCAACAAAUAAUCAAUAAUUUGCUUAUAAAAACGGAGCAAUCGAACGAAAAGCAAUCAUUUUCCGAGACCAUGGAGGUUGAAGAAAUUGAAGUUAAUGAAUUGGAUGAAGAAUACACAUCGCCCACGGAAUUUUUCGAAGAUGGAAUGUCAGAAACCGAAGCAGAAAAUGUGAAAAAACGAAAACGCAAACGAGAUCAAACAGCACCAAAAUCGGAACGAGAAGUUAUCAGGAGAGACGGAUGUCGCUACAAGAUGUGUGGAUUGAAUGGUUGUAACGUAGAAUAUCAGCUUGGAGAUCGUGGUUUAUAUUUGUUACACGAAAGGACCUUUCAUCGGUGGGCAUGUAAUUUGUGUGGGCGCGUGUUGGCAUCUAGGACUUCGUUUCGAAAUCACGUAUUGCUACACGAUGGAGAAAAAUCGAAAUGUGAGUUCUGUGAACGGACCUUUACCACGAAAGGUAGCAUGAUGACCCAUGUACGAGAAUAUCACAAUACUUCCGGUGUUAACUUUACUUGUUUUUACUGCGGAAUGGGUUUUAUGGAACAGAAAGAUCAUUUCGCGCACAUGGUCGAACAUCGUGAAUGUAAACACUGCAAUAAAAAGUUUUCAGACACGGCCAGUUGGAUUGCUCAUACACGAAGAAAGCAUCCAGAUAUAUUAUUUACAUGUGAUCAAUGCGAUCGGACAUCUUUGAGCCAGUUUUUUCUGGAUCGCCAUAAACGCAUGAAACAUUCUGCAGAAAGUAUCAUUGAACAGCAACCAAAACGGUUCACCAUCAUUGCUAUCAACGGGGCAUGCUUUCAUAACUGUCCGCAGUGCAAUGCACAGUUCAUAACUGAACCAUUACUGUUGCAACACAACGAAGAAGCUCAUAAACGUACGGAGGCUGAAAAACAGGACAACACCAUAAAACGUAGACCUAAGGAAGAGCGAGAAAAAUUCGAUUACCGUUAUAGCUGCGACAUCUGCGGUAAACGGUACAGAUUUAAGAACUCUUUGUGGUCUCACAAAAAUAAAGAACAUCGUGGAACAGAACAGAAAGCAAUUUGCGAUAUUUGUGGAAACCGAUAUAAACACCAAUCGUAUUUAACGGCACAUCAUGCCAAAAUACACGCCACAGAAUUCCCAUUUAGGUGUCAUCUUUGUUCAAAAGCAUAUUCGCAAGCUUCUUACCUAAAGGAGCAUAUGAAAUCUCACGAUCCGGAGAAAAGUUUCAAGUGCCAUCAUUGCGAUUACCGGGCGAGGCAGGCACAUGUUCUUCAAACACACAUAACUCGAAAGCAUACUUCAGAGCGGCCGAUUCGUUGUCCAGAAUGCGACAAAGGAUUCAUUUGCAGUGCAGAUUUGCGGAGACACAUCAGCGUACACAGUCAAGAGUUGCCCUUUCGUUGCGAAGAGUGUGCUGAAGCGUUUCGGCGUAAAUGUGACCUCGGCUGGCAUCGGUCGAAAGUGCACCUGGGGCUGGGAUCUAAACAACGAAAGCAGCGGGAUGAUCUAAAAGGACAAACAGAUGGUGAUCUCGACAUCUCGGAACAGAAAUUAGAUACUGCCUAAAUAUUGAUGAAAAGUAUAGUUUUGAAAUAAAACUAAGUAGAUAUUUUUCACUAUCAACUAUAUUUACCAUA